UUUCAAUCCGUGCUUUUUUUCCCUAGGCCCCUAUUGCCACAAUCGUCACCGCCUCCGUUUCUUGAACGGAUUCCGCCCGCAUUCUGUAUUACAUUCUACUGUAUAUCGCCUCAUUAUGCUGCUGAAGACAUUUCAAGGCGUCUGUCGUUCCGAUGCAAAGUCACGCCUACAUAUCCUGCGCUGAUUGAUUGCAAAUGACCAUUUCUCAAUAUGCUACAAAAAUUCUUUUCGGUAUAUCGAUGUACAGUAAUACAUCACGGUACCGCCUGACCGUUUGCUUCAGCAUCCCCUGCCCUGAAUUCUGCCUCUUGAGAGCCGCAGCAGGGAUCUCCCGGCAGACGAAGGAAGCGCAGGAGAGCCUCGGCAUGGCAGCCCCUCGCUUCUGCUGCUCUCCUGCCUUCCUGAAAGCUGGUAUCAUGACCCUGACUAAGGGCUCAUUCACUUACUCCAGUGGAGAGGAAUAUUGUGGGGAAUGGAAGGAAGGGCGUCGGCAUGGUGUUGGACAAUUGACUUUUGCUGAUGGCAGCAUUUACACAGGACAUUUUGAAAAUGGUCUCUUCAAUGGAUAUGGAGUGCUCACUUUUGCAGAUGGCUCCAGUUCUGAUGUUUUCAGAACUUUUAUAGUGAUUGCAGAUGAGGUAGCAGUAUCCAGUCAGACACACUCCUGUUACUGUUGCAGAUAUGAAGGAGAAUUUGUACAGGGAAAGUUCAAUGGUGUUGGAGUCUUCACACGCUAUGACAACAUGAUCUUCGAGGGAGAAUUCAAGGGUGGACGGGUUGAUGGUUUUGGACUUUUGACUUUUCCUGAUGGCUCCCAUGGGAUACCCCGUAAUGAAGGCUUCUUUGAAAACAACAAACUCUUGCGACGGGAAAAGUGCCAGACAGUAGUCCAACGCGCACAGAGUGCCUCUAAGAUGGCACACAGCCUGACAGCAUAAGGGGUAUAAACUCUACAAGACCCUAACACAUGGCUUACCUAUGACUGGCAGCCUAACCCAGAGGUUGGUGAGAGUGUGGAGUACAAGAUUCACAGAGGCAAAUACCAUCUCUAGGAUGCAAACUAUCACAACUCAACCCUGCUUGCCUUUAUCAUUUCCUUAAGCAGCUUGGCCCCUAUAAUGUGAACUGGUGCCAAAACUCAACUAUGAAGCCUACGUCUCCUCUCAGUGUUAUUUCUGAGAUCAUAGCAUUUCCUUUGUCAGAAGCAUUCUCUGUUGGACAGAUUCCUAAUUCUAUAAUCCCACAACUGAGUUGGGCACAAUGGGAAUCCCAAUCAACAGGGGCUCGUUAAUACUGUAUACAAUCCAUCUUUCUUGCCACAAACCUAACACAGCUGGAACAUUAUGUGAUCAGUUGAGUUGGUUUCCAGUGGUCAAAGGGGGAUUUAGAACUUGCAUUUAGUUUAGCUUUCUAUCUUCUUAUAUGUCCCUAAACCUCUAGUUGAUUCCUCACUGAGGCUGAGUCUUCCUUUCUUUAUAAAAAUUAAAUGAAUAAAUACAAAAGCAAAGAAUUAACAUAUUGAGUGGAACUAAGAAUUCUAGACUUUCUGAAUGUGACUUUUAACAAUUUUGCAGAUCAGCAUAAUAAGAAUGUCUGAGUUCUGCUACACUUUAUGCUUUAGGCUCCAGAAUAGAUCCAGGAUCUCUUUCCACUCUUUAUUCUAGCCUUGUGUUUUACACAAUUUGCUAAGGCCGUUUUCACUGUGAGCUUCUUGUGUGACAGACAGCAUUUCACAAUUAUCCCUUCCUUACAUGAGAUGCAUGCCACUUAUCUAGGGGCCGCAGAAGGAAGAGAUUCACUAAGCUCCAGAGCUGUUACAUGGUUUUCAUCUACCAUAGUGCCAUAUCCACACAGCUGUAUCAUUUUACAAAUAUUAAAAAGGGAAUAUAAUUACUUUAUAUAAACCCUGCCUCUGUUAGUCAUAGGACAAACGAAGUUUUGCAAAUGCCUUCCUACUUCAUUACUGGAAGUCCUUUGCACACACAUACGCCUUGUCCCCGCCCACACUUCCCUCUUCUGGCUUCUGAAAUUUUACCACACAUUCCAUAAAUGUUUUAAGCCUGACUUUGCUGCCUUAAUGGCUAGACAUUUGCUUUAAAAUAAAAAUGUAUCUCAGGAUGCUGAUCACUAGUCCAAUAUAUUAUAUCACAGAACAAUGGCAUGCACACAGCCCUAUAUGUAUCCAAAAUAAGCAACAGCAUCAUUUAUACAAUGCUGUAGAGCUGAAGAGACAGCUGUUCCCAGAUAAUGUCAUAUAUCUUUGUAGAAGAUGCAUUCAGUAACACUGAAACUUAGCACAACAGCUUACAAUAACUUAUAAUGUGGAGAUUACAGGGCAUUCUUAAUAUAUAGUACAAAGAGAUGGGCAAUGAUACAGAAAGGAUAACUGGUUCCUUGCUAGAGAUGGAGGCUGAAUGGAAAUGCCAGGCUAGGGUAAUAGAAGGGAAACUUAAGUUUUGUGGAGGUGAUAGCAAAUUAAAUCCCUUAGUGGGGUGAUUUAGUUAAGAUUGGUCAAUAAAGAACAACUCUAUUUCUGUCAAUCACUUUGUUUCUGUGCACUAAAAUUAAACAUGGGAUUGUUUAAAACAGGGGGGUUUCUUAGUCAAGCAUUGACCCACAUUAUGUGUGUCCCUAAGUGCCAUGCUGGAGCCCUUGUAACCAGCCUAUCUCCACACUGAAUGUCUGUGUGUCAAUGCUACCCUCGUGCCUUUGUGUCUCUGCCCAUGUAAGGGCCUUGGCCAAAUAAAGAGUUGCUGAAUCUUGA